AUGCCUGAGGUGUGCGCCACGUGCAAUUCUCCUGUCACAAGAACUAACCAAGGUAUUUCUUGUGAUGGGCCUUGCGAAAAAACGUUCCAUUUCAAAUGUACGAAGAUUCCAGUGGCGUAUCAAGAUAUUCCAGCCGGGACAGGCCUUACCUGGGUUUGCGAUAAGUGUAAACAUGGAAGGAAUGACUCGAAGCUGAAUAAACUGUUAGUGUCGCUUGCGUCAAUCCAGGAGGACCUUAAAGAUGUGAAGACGAAACAAACAGAAGUUUCCGAUUCGCUCAACUUUUAUGGUGGAAAGAUCGAUGAUUUUGGAAAGCGAAUGGACAAUUUUCAAAAAACUAUGAACUCAGUUCAAGGAGUACAGCAAGAUGUUCAACAACUGAAAAAGGAGUGCGAUAACUUGAGAGCUGAGAUUGAAUCUAUGCAUCAGCAGCAGCGCAUGGAGAAUAUAGAAAUCUCUGGAUUGCCUGAGAAGAACAAUGAGAAUUUGAAGUCGAUCAUGCAGAACAAUCGUCUUGUGGAAGAUGAACUGACAUACGAACUUCAAAUACAAGGAUUGCCAAUAGAAAACAAUGUGGCUGAAAACGGAACAGCGUUGAGAAGAGUAUCCGAGAUGGAACGUUAA